UCUGGGGGAGCGCGGGGCGGCCUCCGCCGGCGUCGCGCGCGCUGUGAGAGCGGGGUCGCGCGCGCGCGCACGCCAGGCGAGUGAGGGAGUGUGAGGGAGUGAGGAGCAGUCGGGUGUGCGUGUGUGUGGGUGUGGGGGGGUGAGUGUGUGUGUGUAUGUGUGGGUGUGUGAGGUGAGGGAGAGCCAGACCGACCGCGCGGCUGUGAGAAAGGAGGCGAGUGGGCGAGGGCGCCGGGCCAGGCUGUGGGAGCCGUGGCGGCGGCGGCGGCGGCGGAGAAAGGAGGCGGCUCCCGGCAUCCCGACCCCCUCCCCCUCCUCUCCUCGGACUUACUGCCCGCCCGGCCGCCCGCCCGCGCCGCCCUCGGAGGCCCCAGCCGGGCGCCGCCGGCCGAGAGCCAGGGAGGAGUCGCCCCAGCCAGCUAGAAAGAGUCUAUUCAGGAGGAAGUAAUCCCAGAAAAGGAAGAACAGGCAGAGCAAGAUGUGUAGCUCUGUGGCUGCCAAGUUGUGGUUUUUGACAGAUCGUCGAAUCAGGGAAGACUAUCCCCAAAAAGAGAUCUUGCGAGCAUUAAAGGCCAAAUGUUGUGAGGAGGAACUGGACUUUAGGGCUGUGGUGAUGGAUGAGGUGGUGCUAACAGUCGAGCAAGGAAACCUGGGUCUUCGUAUCAAUGGAGAACUAAUUACUGCCUACCCUCAGGUGGUGGUAGUGAGAGUACCAACCCCUUGGGUGCAAAGUGAUAGUGACAUCACUGUUUUGCGUCAUCUAGAGAAGAUGGGAUGCAGGUUGAUGAACCGACCUCAAGCCAUCCUGAACUGUGUUAAUAAGUUCUGGACGUUUCAAGAGUUGGCAGGUCAUGGUGUUCCUCUGCCAGAUACUUUCUCUUAUGGUGGUCAUGAAAAUUUUGCUAAAAUGAUUGAUGAAGCAGAAGUACUGGAGUUCCCAAUGGUAGUGAAGAACACACGGGGUCAUAGAGGCAAAGCAGUUUUCUUGGCUCGCGAUAAGCACCAUUUGGCUGAUCUAAGCCAUCUUAUUCGCCAUGAAGCUCCAUACCUGUUUCAGAAGUAUGUUAAAGAGUCUCAUGGAAGGGAUGUACGUGUCAUUGUCGUGGGAGGCCGUGUGGUUGGCACCAUGUUACGCUGUUCAACGGAUGGGAGGAUGCAAAGCAACUGCUCACUAGGUGGUGUCGGGAUGAUGUGCUCAUUGAGUGAACAAGGGAAACAGCUAGCUAUCCAGGUGUCUAAUAUCCUGGGAAUGGAUGUGUGUGGCAUUGACCUGUUGAUGAAAGACGACGGCUCCUUCUGUGUCUGCGAGGCCAAUGCAAAUGUAGGUUUCAUAGCCUUUGAUAAGGCUUGUAAUCUAGAUGUAGCUGGUAUCAUAGCGGACUAUGCCGCCUCCCUUCUGCCCUCUGGCCGGCUCACCCGGCGUAUGUCCCUGCUCUCCGUGGUGUCCACGGCCAGUGAGACUAGUGAGCCGGAGCUGGGUCCCCCAGCCAACACUGCUGUCGACAACAUGAGCGCAAGUUCCAGCUCUGUUGACAGCGACCCUGAAACCACGGAGCGAGAGCUGCUCACCAAGCUCCCAGGGGGCCUAUUCAACAUGAACCAACUGCUAGCCAAUGAAAUCAAACUCCUGGUGGAGUGAUUCCACCAGUAAAUAAUUAACCAACAAAACCCUUGUAAAACUUUCUUUUUCUUCUUUCCUUUUUUUCUUUCUUUUUUCUUUUUCUUUUUCAUUUUUUUUUUUUUUUUUUUAACCAACUUGCAAUGCUGUUCAUGGAAAAUGCUCAGAAAGAUGAGAGAAAAUUGGGUAGGAUUAGUUAGGAGGGAAGAAGGGGGAGAUAGACGAGACCUUUGCUACUAAGAUGUUACUGACUUUGAUUUACAAAUCCUACCGAUAGGGAGGCAGAAGAGGUGAGAUACAGAAAAAUGUCAGGCUCUCAUAAUUUUACAUUACUCAGAAAUGUGUAGGCUCUCAGGCCGUGAAGAACAUAAUAUUUUCAUGGUCUCUUGCUUUUGUUUUUGUACAGUUGGUACAAAUUUCAGAAUAGUGUAACUUAACAUUGUGUUGUAAUCCGUGAGGAAGACAUCUACCUAAAUUAUAAUUUUUUUUAUACAAAUCUGAAAAUUCAGCCUAUACACUAUUAUCUAGGAGCUUUAUGUUCAUAGUUAUGAAAUCUUGAGGAGCUCUUUUAUUGACUUUUUCCCCCUUAAUUUGGGUGGGAGGGCAACCUGAAUGUGACCCAAUAAAGAUUUUUUUUAAUGAUAAAGUUGGCAUGUUUGCAUGAUAAAAGGGAAAUGAACAGUAUUGCAAUGUCUGGCACACAAAAUAACAUUUACUCCAUUGUAGAUAAAAUUGCACUAGUUAAAAAUAUGUGCAUUGACUUGUAUUUGUUAGUGUUUUAGCCUUUUUUGAAAGAUAUAUGCUCUGUUAAUGUUGCAUUUUUUUUUUUUUAAAUACAUGCUAGUCUUAACAUUCCCUGAUCUAUGCCUGCAUCUUUAACAAUGGCCAAAGUGAAGAAAAUGCUACCUUUUUUGUUAACAAGACACUGACUUGAAACAUGUGCAUUUAAAGCCUUUUAUUUUUUUCCUUUUUUCUUUUGGUGGUUGGGCAUUUAAAGAAUAAGGACAAGGAAAAACAUUUUUGGGGGGCAAAUCAAGGGUCUGUAAGUUCCUAAGUAUAAAGUUGAAGUGAUUUCUAAUACCAGCGUUAAUAUAUCUGCAUUUUUCACAUUUUAGGAGGGUGUGUGUGUGCACGUGCACGUGUGUGCACGCGUGUGCACGCUUGCAUGUUUAUGUGCUUUGCUUUUUGUUUACACCAACCAAUCAAAAAGGAAAGAUUCUAGAAAAUGGAGCAUGAUGGGAAACAGUUUUUUACUUUAAAAAAAAACAAACAACUGAGUCGUUUUCAUAACUAUAAUCUACUGGUAGAGGUACUCACCUAAAGACAUGAGGAGAAUAGCUGCUUCUUAGGCUUUUGUGUAUAUGUAUGUUGUUUGCUUUUUUUCUUUGGUUCUAGACUGUUCAGUGUAUGAUUUAUUCCAGGCUACAUGCUUUUCCUCUGCUUCUUCUUGCUGUGCAUUUUCUCCUAUUACACAUAGGUUUUGGGUUGGGGUGGACUGACCAUUUUUGUUUGGGGACUUAUUUAGCAGUAUUGAGUCUCUUAUAGCCCUACUCUGAAGCCUUCAAUAUUCUACUCUUUAUAUUACUUUAUUUCUGAAUUUAUAAAAGCCCCCAAACUGCAUAUAAUAUGAGCCUUUAAACAUGGGUAAAACUAUCCCAGUGAAUGGUUUGGAAGGUGUGUUAAGAAAUGGAGAUGCACCAGAGCUCAACGUAAUUUUUUUAAGCAGCAAGUUCCAUCUCCCUACAAUCCACUGAAGCUUUUUACCCGAGUCCUUUCUUGCCUCUCCAGUGCUUUUUUCCUUCAGAUGGACAUUAAACAUAAUUUCUUGGACACUACUAGAGAGACUUCGAGGCAAUAAGAUCAGUAUUAACCAGCUCUAACAGAGGUUUGAUCAUGCUUACUUGUACAGUUUUUCCCCCAUUUUAAAAAAGGAAUGUAAUAAAACUUGUUUUUUCCAUAGAAUUAAAUAAUAUUAAAAUGGAGUGAAAGGUUGAUUGUUGACAAAUAGAAUAGUACCUCUGAUCUGUGCAGUGUCUCAUUUCACCUUAGAAAAAGAUACAUAAGAGGACUUUCUAAUUUAUUUUAGGAUAUGCUCAUCUCAUCUAAAAGAAUUUGACUUGUACAGGGUUAUUGUGCGACAUAUUGUGGAGUACAUAAGUACCUCUGGCUCACUUGGUACUUUUUUUACUAAAUGACCAUACUUUGGAAGAUGCACACUAUUCGGGACAGAGAAAUAAACAAGGGAAAAGGGAUCGCUUAAUUAAAUCAUCAUUCAUAUGUGUGUAGAGACCAUCUGGUUGCCACAUAGAUUAUGAUACAUAUACUUUGAAUAGUUACAUAUCACAUGUAUAUAGAUUAGUGAAUUUUAAAACACGAAUAGAACACCCUGUCUAUUUGAUGAAAAACUCAAGGUUUCUGUUGGGUGGGAUAAGGCACCAGGAAAAAUGUAGGUAGCCUUUUAAAAAAAUUAUCAAAUUAACCAAGUACAUUAGAAGAAAUAUCUUGAGAUUAUUUCACUGUAGUUUUACUCACUAUCCAUCUUUUGUGCAUUCACACUAUGUUAAAACAUAGCCUUACCAAUCUAUUUCUGGAUCGUACACUGAAUGGACAGGAAUGGACAUCUUAGAGUUUAAAAACAUGAAUAUCCUCUUGAAUUCCUUCAAAAAGUAAGGUAAAGAAUAUGAGCAAACCAUACUGGAAGAACCCAAAUAAAACAGCCCAGAUAUUUAAGUGAAAGUUAAAUAUAUUUUCAUAUUGUUGAGUAACUUUCUUAAAAUCUUUAUUGCUAUUAUGAGAGGUAAAAAUGUGUAUUUAUCAAAUAUGUGUAGUUGUUAUUUUAUCAUGCAAAAAUCUGAAUUAUUGUAAAACUAUUGCACAUUGUUAAAAUUGUAAUUCUGAAUUGUAUUUAAAAGUAAUUCUUUCUGAUACUGUUUUUAUGUCACCCAUGAUGAAAAGCGGACUAUGUAUAUACAUAAACACACAAAUAUGAACUAUUCCAUUUAAAAUUUUUAAUAGUUAUUUUCUUUUGAUUGGUCAUUUCUGUUGGCUUUAACUCCACUGAACUUUGAAAUAUUUCUGUAUAUGCUAUCAAAUAAGAAAAUACCCUGGAACAUUAGAAAAAUCCAUCAAGAGACUUGCUUUCAUCAAGUGCUUUAUCAGACUUUUGAAAAGGUAUCGAAGGCGUUGAAAGAAGUAAUUGACUUUCAAGAUCAUCUCUUCUUUUUCUCAAGAAGAAAACAAAGGAAAAAGAAAUUCUCUUCAUUCAGUGAGUCCCCAGUUUGGGGUCUGGGGUGCUUAGAGACAUUGUGAAAUCAAAUCUUGUGUUACAUUUUUCUCCUGGCUCACUCUUUUUGAGAAGGUUUAUGGGCUAUAUGGCUGGUGAGACACGAUCCCUUCCUAAGAAAAUGUAGGUGCUCAGACAGGUAACCUCUGCUGCUACUGUUUUUAUUUGUUUGUUUGUUUGUUUAAUUUCUUUUAUAAUUUGUUUUUGUUGUACUAGGAUAUUUUUAAACGUAAUAUAUUGCAGGAUUUAUAACCAGG